GCUCAGGAGGUGGCGGUAGUGAUUACGUCAAGGUUUACCAACUUCCGUUUAGUCAAACUAACAAAGAAGAAGCAGAAGAAGAAGCGGAAAACGUCAUUCACAGAUUUUUGCUAACUUGUUUGCAGCUCGUGUUGCGGGACUCAAGCAGUUACAAUGGACAGACAGGAGUUUGAUUCGUAUGAGAUUGAGGAGCCGAGCGACGAGGAGCGAGCAGCCAGCAGUUCGGAGGAUGAGCUGGAUGUGCUGCUGAAUGGGACCCCGGAGCAGAAGAAGAAGCUGAUCAGAGAAUAUCUGACAGGGGAGAGUGAGUCGUCCAGUGGGGAUGAGUUUGAGAAGGAGAUGGAGGCAGAGCUCAGCUCCACCAUCAGGACCAUGGAGGGUACCUGGCAACCGUUGACAGCAGAAACCUCGAGAGGCAGCGGUGGUCCUGGACCUCCUAAUCCUCAGAUGUACGAUAAGGUCUACUUUGAUUCUGACUCAGAGGAGGAGGAUACACCAAGCAGUUCCACCAGUCGAAGGCAGAGCCAGCGCAUCAUACCAACCAAUGACGAGCUACUCUAUGAUCCCGACGAGGACGACAGGGACCAGGCCUGGGUGGACGCCAGGAGGGGAGAGUAUAACACCAGAAAACGACCAGCAGCAGUGUGUCGGUUGCAUCCUCGUCGGGCUCAGGGUUUACCCAGCAGCGAUGCUGUUCUGAACUGUCCAGCCUGCAUGACAACGCUCUGCCUCGACUGUCAGAGGCAUGAAAAGUACCGGACCCAGUAUCGAGCCAUGUUCGUGAUGAACUGCACGGUUAAGAGAGAUGAGGUGUUACGCUACAAAACAAAGCAGGAGAGGAAACAGAGGAACAGGAAGAGAAGGAGGGGACAGAUGCCAGAAACACCGGUGGCUGAGGCUCCUGAGCCAGCGGGGAUGGAGGCUGAUGAGGUCUACCACCCGGUGCAGUGCUCUGAGUGCUCCACAGAGGUGGCGGUGUUCGAUAAAGACGAGGUCUACCACUUCUUCAACAUCUUGGCCAGUCAUUGCUGAGACAGCCCGAGAUGAGUCUGAGCAGAAUGGUUUUUAAUUGACUGUUAGCCUCACAACAGUGAGCAGUGUUUUCAGCAGCAGCAUUUACAGCUGCUAUAAUUAUUAGUUUUAUAUUAGCAGUGAAUCACAUAACUACUUGUAUAUAAAAGAAGUUCAUUCAUUCAUUCAUUCAUUUUCUGCCGCUUAGUCCCUGAACGGGGUCACGGGGCGGAGCCAAUCCCGGCCGGCAAUCAGGCGAAGGCGGGGUCCACCCUGGACAGGUCUAUAAAAGAAGUUACUUGUACUAAUUAACAGACUGAAUAGUAUCACCUGAAUCUGAAUUUUAGUGUCACUGUGUGGUUUUCCAGCUUGCAAGUGUUGUGGUUCACUGUCACUGCUUCAGUCCUGUUGUUUUCAUCUGCAGCAGGCAUCUAUUGUCAUCAAACAAGCUCAGACACCUACUGUCCACUAAGUGCUCAGCAGCAGACAGACACUGUCAGAGACCAGCUGGUCAGCACAGUGAAGCAUUUAGCAGCUAAUGAGCUAGAGAUUUCCCUCAGGAAGUGAUGGAGACCAAACCCAGAGGUACCAGAGGGAACAUUCUUAAGAUGGGCACAAACACAAGCCCAGAUGAAAGCUAACGUUCCUCUGUAUCUGCUGAAUGUGUAAAUGAACAAGUUUUUGCUAAGGUGUUCACCAUAAAUCUACUUAAGCUAUGAUUUGUCAGUGUUGAGUUUAUGACCCCCCCAAGAGGCCAAAACAAUAAGUUAUUGCAAGGUUAGAAUGGAAAACAAGCAGACUGUAAACAGUAUGUCAUUUGUUUUGCAUAUCUAUAUCGGUAUCAUCUGCAUAAUGAAAACUGGAAUUUGACACCAAAGUCUUCUUGUUGCAGCUCUGUGGUGAAUACUGCACUGUAUGCACUGUUCGUACAGAUACUGUUUUUGAGGCCUCUGUGAGUUACAGAAAUCAGAUAUAUUUGGUGAUUUGUUUUAAAAUUUAUCAUGUAUAGUAAAUUUUGACUGCAUCACCUUAACUGCUAGUGUGGUAUUGCCACUUAUAAGUAAACGACCAGAAUACUACUUUGCCCACGUGCAUGUUUACACUAUUAUCAGCUGUUCUCACACUAAACCGGUCCUUU